AUCCUUAUUCUGUGUGGUUAACAUACAGUCACUUCUGCUGGAGUCUAAGGAGAACUUGUUAUUAUUUUCUACCGCGAGUCAACAGAGACAUAGGUUUUCCAAAGCUUGCCCGUUCUCAUCGUGAAAGGCACUAUAAGAGCUUUUCUUUCUCUCUUUUUCCUUCUGCUUUACAAGACUCUCAGAAAAACAGCUUCCUUGUCUUCCCAGGACAUGUCUGGACUGAGUGCGGCUGGAGCUUGCAUGGAGCACACAGAGUGUGCUCCACCAAGAAGAAAGGACUUGACAAAUUCUCUUGAACGAAAGAUAAAACACUUGGAAAAACAGAGACAAGAGCUCCUGGAUGUCAAUCAACAAUGGGACCAGCAAUUCCGAAAUAUGAAAGAGUUAUAUGAAAGAAAGGUCCUGGAGCUGAAAACUAAACUGGCGGCCACAGAAAACACUCACACCCUAGUGAAGGAACAGAAGCAAAGUGUGACAGAGGGCGACAGGCAGCUCGAGAAGGAAAAGGACAGCCUAAGGAAAGAAUUACAGGCACUGAAGAAGGAGAAUAAGCUGUUGAAAGAAAACAACGCUCUGGCCAACAGGAAGAAAGAGCAUUAUGCAUGUGAAAUUAAACGCCUCAAUAAGGUUCUUCAGGAUGCCUUGACCAUUGGGAGCUCUUCGCUUUCUGAGGACUCAGGGAAGUGUAAAGGCAGGUGCAGCCAUGCAGAGAUGAGAAGAGAGGUGGAAUGGCACAAGCAGCAGCCAGCCUAUCAGUGGAAUGCUCUCAGCCAGCUUCCUCCACGUGUACAGCACAAGGCACAUGGUUUCUCCUCAGAAAGGAAAACCGACCUGUAGCAUUACGUUAGCAGAGAAGAGCAGAGGGUUGUGAGCUCUCAGCUGUGACCGCUUUGCUGCUUCAGGACAUCUGUGAACGUUCUCCUUCGAGAUCUGCUCCCAGUUACCUUCUCUGUGACCCUCAUAGGGGAAACCUCAUAGUGGUCUCAGUCAGGACCACUGGGACCCAGUAGAACUCUACAGACAAAUCGGGCUUCUCUUCUCAAAUGACACAGGACAUGAUUACAUGCUCCUCCUCACAGCUCUCCUCAACUAACUACUGAUGGCUUUGGGAAGAUGCCUCCAGGAUGGAGAUGACUCCAGCUCUGGUGCUGUGACAUUAUAUACUUUUGAGAAUGUACAGUUCUUAAGCCAGGCACAGUGGUGCCUCUUAUAAUUCCAUGAGAAGUUGCUGCAGGAAGAUUGUAAUGAUUUCAAGGCCAGCCUGGGUUGCAACACAAAUACCACAUAAGCCAAUUCUGCAUCUCAAAAAAUUAGUAAUACACCGUGUAGUCCCUGGAAGAAAACUUUUUUCUAUAAUGGCUAAGUUAAUUCUUCAGUGGUUUGACAGUUGGACUAGGUGACAAGUUCAUUAUUAUUGAACUGAAACUACAUGAAUUUUAAUAGACAAUCAAAAGACCUACACACUCCCCUGACUAAAAAGAGUGAGUCAAACUAAAUAAAAUGACAAACAUGAAAUUGCCCUUCCAGUGGAUCAUUUUAUGCUUGUCAGAAGUUAUGAGCCUCUUUCAUCUUUUGGUAACAUACAUAAUGAAAAGGAACUGUCCUGACAGGAUGGUGACGGCCACCUUCUGUCUAUAUGUAGUCAGCCAGAAUUGCCAAAAACAGCCUUUGAGGUUCUGUGUUUUUGCCAGCCUGUGAAUUUGAGCAAUGGUUGAAGAAAUUUGACUAUGACAUUUUGAACUUACUAACAUAAAAAUAACACAUCUAUACAUUUUAUUGCAGUUGAAUUGCAAAGUAACCUAACAGAUUUCUUAAAAAGCCAGCAGUUUUAAAAGCAUUAAGUUCAUCUUCUGUAAGAUUUUGCUCAUGUCAACUUGAGUUUCUGUUUGUAAGGAUGAAUGUUCCUGACAAGAGUGCGAGAACUGCACAUAUCUAACACUUCUAGAUGAACCUAAAUAGAACCAAUAACAUCCAGCAAACAUGUGCAAAUAAAACUACCGGAUCUAUCUAUCUUCGCUUCCAUAAUUAUGCAGCUUGUCUAACUCAAACUAUUUUUGUUUUAAUUUGUGGGUACACACUGCAUAAUGAGAAGGUAAAAAAGUCCCAGGAAACUGAACAUUUCCCCUUCAGUCUUUAUCUAUGGUGUAACUUAACCCUUAAGAGAAGCAGAAUGACCCUGCGACAUUUGCUCCCAAGUCCUUUGUUUAUGCAGCUAUUUAUCGGAAAGAUAAGUCAUCCUUGGCUAUCACUUUAAGUCAGAAAAACAACUGUCAGCUCUAGGAAGACAUUCUACAUAUUGGAAUUUUCAGUUUCUUCAGAUUGCUAACAAAAUCAUUGUAAUGUCUGUUACUCCUGCUAAAUUAAGUUUAUGAAACAAGAUGUGCUUAUAGAAUUUUUUAAAAUGUACACUCUUCCCAGGCCAGUAGCUAAUGUCUGCAGCAAAAAUACAUGGUUUGUCUAUUCAAACUGCCCCUAUUCUAUUAACAAGGUGCCAAACACUGGAAGAAUGCAUAAAUGUUAACCUAGGUGGAGAAUAGUUAAAAAGGACUAAUAUCAUUUUUCAUCCCAGACUCUUUUUUAUUUUUUCAUUCAGACUCUGUUACCAGAGAGAUUUCAACCCCUCAUUCUUAUGUCCUUUUCCCCAUAACAUGUCUGGAGACAUCUCUGCCCGGAAUCAUAAUAAGGUUCAGACUCUCCUCUGUGGGUCUGUUUUAUUUUUGACACAGAGUUUGUGGGCAUUAGUGAGCAAUAGCUGUAUGGCUUUCAAAGGAACAGAGGUCAUGAUGCCUGUCUGAGGAAGGAAACUUAAAAGCAGGCAUACUUCAAGAGUCUGGAUGAUCAUGGAGAAUUUGAUCUUUGACUUGAAGAUAUCACAUGAAGAGAAACAUGUGUUCACUUUGUUUUGGUUGUUACAUAAGUUUAGAAGGAAACUGCAGGUCUGGUAACAUCCAGGGCAUAGGUCAGCCAUGCCUCCUCCUCGAUGGCUUUAUUUUGCUUCAUUGGUUUUAGGCUUUAUUUUCUAUUUUGUACUGUGUUCACUGAGCUCUGAUACCAGAAAAAAAGAAAAAAGAAGAAAAAAAGGAAAGACAAAGAAAAAAUAUAUAAUUAUGUUUUUGUGAUGGCUGAUUGAUCUGAAACUUACAGAGGCUCGGGUAUCUUUCCUGAGACAACCUCAGAGGGGGAAGCCCAGGUGUGUGGAUGCCACAGCUCUGCUUUCUAGUCUACACCAGAAAGUUAUGCUCUCUGUGUUGAUGCAUUUGGUUUUCAUUAAUUCUAUCAUAGGAUCAUAGUUCUGAAAAAAAAUAUUUAGAAAAAAUACUACAUUAUACAGAAUUAUUAAGUUAUAUCCUGAGUUAAAAGAAAUGUCUUAUUUAGAUGAUGUGAGGAAAGAAAUGUGCACAAAGUGUAUGAGAUACCCCAAGAAUGGGUAUGUUGUUGCUUUUGACUUCAAACAUUUUUAUCAGAGGUCUGUCGUAGUACAAUCAGAUAUAAAAUAUAUAUCGUAGGUAAUAGAAAUGGCAGUGAAACAGUCACUCCAGCUGUCAUGACUUACAUAACCUCUUAAUUCUUUUAAAUGACUGCCCUCUUGCACUGCACGUGGGUAGAUCCACAUUUGGAAAGGACAGGGCAGUUACCAGCCCAAAAUCUCCCCAACUUAAGGGUCUCAUUGUUACUUUUCUGUCUAUUUGUUUUUGUCAUUUCUCUCCUAUCUUGCUGAAAUCCUCAUGGUUAGAGUCUCUAGAUUCUGUAGCAUUAAAAGUGCAGCUGC